UUGAGGGAUCCGAGACGUCGUUCUCGUUCACGAUCACCUCGUGAUCGCAGAGGAAGACUUGGGGCCCGCCGUUCCCCUAACGAACGCUUCAGAGGAGAGAGAAAAAGGACAAGGUCCCAAAGUGGAGGACGAAGUAGAUCUGCAGAACGACGAGAUCGCCGAUCUCCUCGCGUCGACGAACGCAGAAAGAGGCGAUGUCGUGAUUAUGAUGAGAAGGGAUAUUGCAUGCAAGGAGAUCACUGUGUAUUUGAUCACGGUCCCGAUCCUGUUGUUGUUGAUGACUCUGCUCUCGAGAAAAUGGUCAAGAUUCCAGAUAAACCAGCGUCCCACAAUUUCACGAUUCCCCCUCCAGGAUAUCAUCCGCCUAAUCCGCCUCCUCCAGGUGUAGAGCCCAUUUUUACAGGACCACCACCUGCACCAAGACCUGUUGAGGGAUACAAUCCAGAAGCCCCAUCUCUGAACGGACCCGAUUUUUCAAUGCCACCUCCACCUAUUCCUGUCCCAAUAAAUACAGCUCCAUGGCGACCAAGUCCGUAUGCUGUACCCACCACUGCCAACGUGGUUGUUCCUACGAUCGGAUACGACCCAUCCGGAGGCAUACCAGUAGAUCCUUCCUCUGCAGCGGCUGUCCCACGGCAGCCGAUGAUGCGUGGUGGAAUGCGUGGACGUGGUCGUGGCGGAGCAUCAGCUACGGGAAGAUUCCCUCAGUUGUCGAACAGUCGUGGAGAUGGCAAGACUUUGCAGGUCCGUUUCAACGGGGAGCCUGACUCCGCUCUGAUUUCUUAUGCUUCGCGCCACGAGGCAAUGGCUGCAUAUAAAUCGCCUCAGCCUGUUCUGAACAAUCGCUUCAUCAAAGUGUUCUUCUAUAACCCUGAUGUUGUCGCCGGAUCAACUGUUGGGCAAGAUGGCGUCCAACGUACUGUACUAAACUCAGGUGUUAAUGUUGAUAAACCAGCUGGUGAGGGAACCCCACAACCAGCUCAGCCUCCCAAAGUGGUGGCAACGAUUGAGAAUUCGAAAUUUGUAAACAAAGAGUUGAAGGAGACACGUGAGAAAAUUAUCGAAGCGAAGCGUAAAUUGAAAACUGAGAAGGCUGCUCUAACAUCACUUUUGAAUGUCCACAAGCGCCAGACUGAUUUACUUCAGAAGUUGGUGGAUCGCCAAAAAGUGGUGGUCAUGAAGCUGAAAACAGAGGCAGAUACUUUGGAGCCUGCUGAAAAGAAGAAGCUCCUGGGUGUCGUAAAGAAGAUGAUGGAAAAAAUCACUGCUGGAAGGAAAGAGAUUCAUGAGCUCUCGGCGAAACUGAAGAGUUGCACUGAAAGCAUAGCCGAAUUGGAGAAAGUGAUAGCAUCAGAAAAAAGUGCAUCUUCCAAAGGAAAGAACUCAGACAGUGAUGGAAGGGAUAGUGCGAGUCCAUCCUCUCCAUCUCAAGAAGGGAAGGUAGCGGUGGUCGCAACUCAGAACCUUCUCAAAAGGAAAGCAGAUGAUGGUGGAGAUGUCGAUGCAAAGCGCAUCUCUACGGUAGUUGCUGUAAAACGUGUCAAGCCUGAUGACACUGACGCACUGGUGGAACAUAUGAGUCAGUAUGGGGAUAUUUUGAACGUGGAAGUUGUCAAAGGAGAUGAUCCAAUGAUACUUUUAACGUUCCGCAGCCGGGAGGACGCGGACCAGGCGGUCAUGGAUGGCGGAUUAUUCAAAGGAGCGCUGCUGGAUGUGACGUGGCACCAGUCUGGAGGCUCCCGCGAGAAUUCGCCACUGACUGCGAACAAAAUGCUGGCUGGUAUACCACAGAGUGAGUCGGAUGAUGAAAUAUGA